CUUUUCAAACUUCAAGCCACCCAUGUCAAUACUGUGGCAGAAACGACUAUGCCUGACCUUCAAAGUGUUUGCUACAGCCAUGAAACUGUUUAACGUGACCUACUUCCUGACAGAGGGCAGCAUGCUCGGGGUCUACAGGCACCAUGGCUAUAUCCCUUGGGAUGACGAUAUGGACAUCUGCAUGAAUGGGACCGACUGGCUAAAGGUGAAACAGAUACUCCAUUGCAUUCCAGACUUUGAUGUGGAUACAAGAAGUUACAUGAUGUACAAGUUUUUCUGGCAACAAUCUGAGCCAAUGAGAAACGAUGACUUAGUUCAUGUUCCCUACAUUGAUAUUUUCUUUUUCACGGAGGACGCCGAAUACAUUUGGGCACUCUCUAGAAUUAAAAAGCACAGACUUGUUUUCAAAAAGGCAGACAUUUUCCCACUGACUUCCCGGCCGUUUGAAGACCAAAUGGUCAGUGUUCCAAGGAGGUUUGAACAUCUUUGUACAACAAUGUAUGACCCAACUGUAUGUGUUAGCAGAGACUAUGACCAUUUGAGCGGCAGGCCUUUGAUUCCAUUUUACGAAUACGAGUACAAACCGUGUAAUAUUUUCCGGAAGUAUUAUCCAUUUGUAGAGCGUCAGGAAGUUGUCACCGAAGGAAAGCUAGCCACAGUCGAAGUGAAGAAGCUAGGAAAGAAAGUUUUGAGUAAUUUUACUGUGUUCCAUUAG